UUUACCUUUCAUUAAUAGAUAAAUAUCAAAUAACAAGAUUGAAUUUUGUGAAUUUAGACAAGAGUAUGUAAUAUAUAAUUUUAACCCGCAGAUAUAAACGCCCAUAAACUUCCAUUGGAAGAGUAGACAGAGAAGACUUGUUCUACAAUAAACUAGAAGAGUAUAACUACGUUUCCUUGAUAAUCAAUUUUGUCAUCAGUUUCUAAGCAAACCCCACAAGGAAAAAGUGUUGCUGCGACUUUUCUUGUCUGAAAAAGACUCGUAUAUAUUCAUUAGCUUCUAAGCUGGGAUUCAGAUAGCAAACCCAUCAAGAAUUGCAUAUUCAGGAUAAGUUGGUGAACUGCUUAUGGAAGAACAUUUGGUUUUGCGUGUUGACCGUCUCAUCGCACCCGAAUCUUUGCAUUCUCUGCCACGGCCCGAGCAUACAGAAUCCUCUGGAGGCAGAACUGGCUCUCAGACAGUUGGUACGUCCUCGGGUAUUGAUGCUAAGAAGAAUGAAGAUCCAGGAGCUGGAGAUGAAGAAGAGCCAUUACUUCAGACUGUGGAAUGUCGGAUUUGCCAGGAAGAAGAUAGCUUGAAAAUUUUGGAGAUUCCUUGUGGUUGCAGUGGCAGCUUGAAGUAUGCUCAUAGAAAAUGUGUUCAGCGCUGGUGUGAUGAGAAGGGAGAUAUAACUUGCGAGAUUUGCCAUCAGCUUUAUCAACCUGGCUAUACUGCUCUCCCCCGGCCUCCUCAAUCUGAAGAUACAUCCAUUGACAUCAGUAGAGGUUGGACAGUGGGUGGCACUCAGGUCGACUUUCGUGAUCCUCGACUUCUUGCAAUGGCUGCUGCGGAACGCCGUCUUCUAGAGGCUAACUAUGAUGAAUAUGCAGAUUCAAAUGCUAGUGGAGCUGCAUUUUGUCGUUCUGCUGCUUUAAUUUUAAUGGCCCUUCUGUUAUUGAGGCAUGCUCUGAUAGUUGGAGAUGCUGAUGAGGAUGAGGAUGAUAUUUCCACCUUUUUCACUCUUUUCCUGCUCCGUGCUGCCGGUUUUCUUUUACCUUGUUACAUUAUAGCUUGGGCUAUCGGUAUAUUGCAGCGUCGCAGGCAAAGACAGCAGGAGGCAGCAGCUGAAGUUGCUUUCCUGGUGCAGGCAGGGCAGCAAAGGGGUUUGCAUGGCACAGUCGCACCUGGACCUGUACCGCCAGCAGAACCUUCAACAACACCAGGACGGGCAACAACUCCUCAGGCGGCAAUGCCACCAGAACAGGUGGCAACUCCUCAUCUACAACCCGUAUGAACUGCUUUCUCUGUUUCCUUAUCUAGCAGUUUGAUAAGUUGAUUGUACUGAUGGUAAGUUACAUAACAGGGAAAGAUUUUUUCUCUCGUUUUGUUUUAAUCAUUUACCCGCUAUAUCUUUUUGCAUCGAGAGACGCAAAAGCUCCAGAUUUCUUAUUUCGUUAUGUUUGUCCAUAUCAAAACAUUGCAGCCACUGGGUGGCGUGGAAAUGUUAGCCUCCAGGGUCAGUUACGACUUUAUCAGGUCGUUGCUUCAAUUGUGUAGAUACCAUAUCUUCACAUCACAUUAGUUGAUUACUGUCACUCCUACCGUUUCUUCUUCUCAAGUGACUUAGUUUUGCCAUGCCUUUUGCGUAAUGUUUGCAUUACUGUAGUCCUCCAAUGUCUCGUCUGGAACUGUGAUUUUAGCAGGAAAGAACUGCCCUCUAUUGCAAUAUUUCAUUAUAACAACCUAAGUCUCUUUGCAA